AGAAGAACUAUUUUUUUAUAUAUCUGAAAAAACUUUUUAAACUGACGUCAGUUUUCGAGUUUUUGACAAAAAUGUCCAAUUAAUAACACAAAAAUUUGUUUUUGGUAACUGAAAUCCAUUUAAAAAUGUGUCUUUUGUGAUUGUGUUAUAAUAGUAUAAGGAAUUAAAAAUGUCCGAAAAGACUUACAAAAUUUGCUCUAAUAUAAACAGUUUAACAUGAGGAUAGUGAAGAUAUUUGGAUCAUUUUCUCUUCUUCAUUUCGUAGUUUUUUAUAUAAGUGCGGUUUUUUUACCCUGUGUCCUUUUGGACCCUUUGAGUUUAAAUGAACCUAACUUGGAUAUUCAGCAUACAUCUGCAUCAUCUGAAAAUUUAACAAAUACAAGUACUGAUCAAGGUAACCCUAAGGAACCGUUAACAGCAGAAACAUCACAAACUGAAAUAAUUCUUGAAACCAAGGUACCAAAGGAACAAGACUUGAAAUUGCAAUAUUCAGAAGUUAUAUCCCAAAGUUCAGGUGUUGAAAAAGAAAUUAUAAAUAAUGAUACACCUGUAGCUGUGUCACAAGUUGAUUCGGCUACUAAAGAAUUUCAAGAAAAUGUUCCACCAUUAUCGUCAGACGGGGCAUCACAACAUGAAGGAACUCAAAAAACCAACGUUAGCCACAUUUUACCUGGAGCUAGCGAAGAGGAAAUUAAUGAUAACAUCACCAUUUCAGUAUCAGACAGUGAGAAGCAUACAAAUAACUUAACAGAUAAGGUUGCCGAAGAUAUACCUUCAUUUUCGGAAUGGGCGCAGAAACAACUCGAAGAAGUUGAAAAAAAGGAACAGUCCAACUUUUCCACGCCAACUCAACAGUUUGCGAAUACGACAAAACCCGGAUCUGCAGCUAAGUUAAGGUGGAAGAAUUACGCGUCGGUAGAUUGCGGCGCUAAAGCCAUAUUAGCAAAUAGCGAAGGCAAAAAUUCGUGGGCAAUAUUAUCUCCUUCCAGAGAUGAAUAUAAACUUGAUCCUUGUAAUAGUAGAAUCUGGUUUAUUGUUGAAUUAUGCGAAGCAAUUCAAUUGAAGAAAAUUGAUAUUGCUAAUUAUGAGUUAUUUUCAUCCUCACCUAAGGAAUUUACAGUUUCAGUUAGUGAUAGGUUUCCCACUAGAGAUUGGUCUAUUAUAGGUAAUUUUGAAGCAAAAGAUGAAAGAGAUGUCCAAAGUUUUGAUAUUAGUACUGAUACAUUUGGAAAAUAUGUUAAAGUAGAAAUAAAAUCUCAUUAUGGUUCUGAACAUUACUGCCCAUUAUCACUAUUUAGAGCCUAUGGAACUAAUGUGUUUGAGGUGCUUCAGAAAGAUGACCCUGCUCAUGAACAACCUAUAGAAGACGACGAUGAUGAUGAUGAAGCACUGGAUAAUGCUAUUAAAAAUGACGGUCAAUCUGGAAAUAUAUUAAGCUCAGCAACAGAUGCCGUGCUUUCAAUGGUAAAAAAAGCUGCUCAAGUACUUGGAAAUAAAGUAACGAAUGAUUCUAGUCAAUUAAAUAAUGGCACAAGUUCCGAAAUAUCCAUUAUGAAAAGUUGCAGUUCUCCUAGUCAUUAUGUUGUUUGUAACAAUUGUUCUGAUUUGUUGUUUGGAAAAAUAUUUGAGCUGUUGAGUUGUAAGCAGGAGGAAAUUAAAAACCUAGUCAGAAUUCCUUUUGUAAAACAAUCUUUGAUAAGCUCGGAGGUAUGUAAAAGUUAUGGAUUUCAUCUUGGUGACAAGUCCAGUAAAAUCAGUUUAAAAACCUGUCCAGAAUGUGUAGUUUCGUUCUUUCCUCCUCAUUAUAUUGGAGCCAUGUGUAAUGUGUUAGCAACCAUACAGAAUAAAGUACUAUACAAUACAAGUUAUCAAUAUGUAAAUAUUACUGAACCUACUGCAAAGGAAGUAUUAUCUGAUAUGGAGGAAGAAUCGAAAAUAAAUUUGACAGAGAUUGACUCUAAACAAAAUAGUAUUGAAUAUACUUUAACUCAUCAGCCAACAGAACCUCUAAAUGUAGAUCAGUCAAAUAUAAAUUCAAAAGCUAGUUAUUCUACUGAUAUAACCUACACAUCUAAAAUAAAACCUUCAAAGUCGCUGGUAACAGAAUUACCGGAACAUUCAGAACUUAAUACAGCAUCAGCUAAUAUAGAAGAAGCUGCUGAACAAGUCAAUAAUGUCGAGCAACAAGAAGACCCUGACGUUUCAAAUGUAGAACCAACACUUGUGGAGAGUACAACUGAAGUACUUCUUGAAGUAGAAACGACGGAGAGUAGUGGUGAAGAUAACAUGGACAAAAUGAUGACAGAUUUCAGUAGUGAACCUAGUCCAGUUGUAAACACUGCAAAUGCUGCCACUCUUCAGGGACAGAAGGAAUCUGUCUUCUUGAGGUUGUCCAACAGAAUUAAGGCAUUGGAAAGAAAUAUGUCCUUGUCCGGACAAUACCUGGAAGAACUUAGUAAACGAUAUAAAAAGCAAGUCGAGGAGAUGCAACGAGUGUUGGAAAAAACCGAAAACACUUUAAAGAAGGUUACCGAAAAAGACGAGGAAAGGCUUAAACAACUAGAAGAUAAAAUCGAUUCCUUAACCGUCGCCGUAGAAAGCCUGUUAUCCGAACGCGACAGUUGGAAAGUUGCCUCUUACUGGUUGUUUUUUGCCGGCGGUGUUGUAUGUCUUAUAUAUUGUUACCAGAGAUGUUCAACACCGAAAUCUACGUCACCCGUUGGUUCAAAAUACGCUCAAAUACAGCGCCGCAAUUCUACAGACUCCGUUAUAAGACAGAGCCCUAAGAAAAAGAAACGGAGACCGAGCGAUCAAGCGUUGAAGAUUGUCACGACAGCGGCUUCAGGCGACCAAGAACGUUCGAAGAAGAGGCGGAAGAAAUCCUCGAUCCAGACCGACUCGUUGGACAGCACUGAGAAAUUUUUACCGAGAUGCACGUCGAGCAAAAUCUGGUUGCCGAAAUCUCAAAGCGCCGAUUGGGUGGAAAGCAGGAAAGUAAUCGAAGACAUUCCAUUUGUUUUAGACGAGUGUGACAAUUCAACUCUGGAACCGUUGCCUUUCACAACCGAAGUGGAGGUGAUAAAGGUGCCUCCCUUUGUGAACACUGCGACCAACGCGAGAUUGAAUAGGUCGUUUAAAAGCAAGAAAUCGCAAAGUGUGGAGGAAACGCGAAGUCGACAGCCCAGUCCGGUAUCGUCGAUCACUGGAAGCGUAUCCAGUGGUACGGAGCGAACUCCAAAAAAAGAAAAAAAGGGGUUCAAGAAAUUAUUUAAAAGGGUAUUUUAGAGGUGUCGAAUAACUAGUUAAAUUAUUAUUGUGUCGAUAUAUGUAGAUGGUUAAGACUGAGUAGUAGCAAAUUAAAUUGCAAAUUUAUAAACGGAAAUAAUAAAUUAGGCUUUUUUCUGAAUAAAAUAUAUCUCAAUCCUUAUUUUUAUUAGUUUUUAUUUAUUUAUUUAUCUGUACAUUUACUAGCUCUUAUGUGUAUAAAAAUUUGGAAUAAAGGCCGAUUUAUGAAAGAAA